AUGCUUACUGCAAUCAGAAACACUCUCCCGUUUGAUCGGCGCCAGCUGACCACCAUCCGCCGACGUUCGCUCUUUGUUUCUUUUCUGUGUUCUGGCGUUGCCUACCGGGCCUACUGUUCCCACAGCAGUGACGGCGGCGGCCAUGAUGCGCUCCUGCCGUUUGCCCAGUCAACGACUGUAACUCUCUUACUUCAGCAGCAUCACCACUUUCCUACGUGCGGACAAUUAGCAGUCUUUUUUGCCGACAAUGGAUCCCCUAAUGCUUCCAAGUCUGGUCAGGAGGACUCAAAGCGUUUGGAUAAACUUUUCGCUCUCCACCAUUGGGUGGAGACCCAACUGCCGUACCUCUUCAACAGGGGCCUUUUUGACUCGACCAGUGAAAUAUUUGAUCCGGACACGGUCCUAGAAGUGGAACGUUCCAACGGCUCUGUCACUCGCUUUAGGGGUCGCCCACGGGCUAACAUCUUCCUGGCUGCGGUAAGAUCCUAUUUUGCGGCGACUUCGUCCCAGCGACGCAUCGACCUUCUUGGCGUCCAUGCAGACCCCAAGGUGGGGGAGCUCGAAGCGCAUUUUCGAGUUGUUCUCCUACCCUCUCCUACCUCCUCAGAGCUUAUGCUGCCCCAUGACCAACUUGCCCUCCGUCUUGAAAAGAAAGCCAAGUGA